ACUUGCAUGGGAUAUUAAGACAAUGUGCAUAGAAUAUCUGAGUGGAAAGGGCUUUUUUGAAACCAGGUGCUCCAGGUCAGCCAUUGGCUUUUAUAAAAAGUUGUUUAUAUGUAGAGUAUACACGUAUUUUUCUAAAUGUGUUUUUCUAAAUUCAUGCCUAUCUUUUAAAAAUGCAUUUUCUUGAACAAGAGGCUAUUCCUUUACAGUGCUCAUGUUGUCAUGGCAACAGAGGCCCUGAGUCAUUUAUAGGAAGGGAAACAUCUAGUCACUGGCUGGAAAGUGAAACUUAACUUCAUUGCCUUGUAUGUUUAGUACUUACAGCCAUGGCUGCUACUGGGGGUCCCGUGCAGGAUCUCUGUGAGGAAGCCACUUGCCCCAUCUGCCUGGAGUAUUUCCAGGAUCCAGUGUGCGGGCACAACUUCUGUAAAACCUGCCUGAGCCAGAGCUGGGGGGAGGCGGAGAUGGAGGCUGCCUGUCCUCAGUGCAGAUUAAUGGUGCAGCAAGGAAGCAUUAGGCUCAAUUGGCAGCUAGCAAAUGUUGCAGAAAUAGCCAGGAAGCUCAGUUUUCAGGUGGUAAAAAAAGAGAUGGAAGGAAAGGGGAGAGUCUGUGAGAAACCCCAGGAGCACCAGAAACUCUUCCAUAAGGAUGAUGAAACCCCCAUCUCUCAGGUGUGUGACAAAUCCAAGGAACAUGAAAAUCACAAGGAGAUUCCUUUGGAAGAGGCUUUCCAAGAGUACAAGGGUCUGAUCUGUGGUCACCGGGAGAUUCUAAGGAAAGAGAGGGGGAAAAUUCUGGCAUAUAAGUCAGAUGUUGAAAAGGAAAGCCAAGACCUGCUUAGAUUAACAGAGACUGAAAGACAGAAGAUAGUGGAUAAGUUCAGACAACUGCACCAGUUUCUGGAAGAGCAAGAACAGCUUCUUCUGGCCCAGAUGGGGGAGCUGGAGAAAGAGAUUGCCAAGAAAAGGGAUGAUCGCCUGGCCAGACUCUCCGAGGAACUGUCUGCUCUUGAAAAGAUCAUUUGGGAGAUGAAGGAGAAGCAUCAGCAGCCAGCCAGUGAACUCCUGCAGGAUGUGAGAAACACUUUGCUUAUGCAGAGGAGCGAGAAAAUUGAGACAUUUGAGGAUCCAGUGGCUUUUCCUCCAGGGCUGAAAAGAAGGAUUUGGGAUUUAUGUGAUAUAAAUCCCCUUCUGGAGAGUGUCAUGAAGAAAUUUGAAGACACUCUGUUAUUCAAACAACACUUUCAGAGAGCCAAUGUCACUCUGGAUCCAGACACAGCCCAUCCCCUGCUCCUCCUGUCCAAGGAUCGUAAAAGCGUGAGAUGGGAAGGCCAACCUCAUGACUUGCCCAGCAAUCCUAAGAGAUUUGAUGAACAAUUUUCUGUGUUGGGACAUGAAGGAUUUACAGCAGGAAAGCAUUUCUGGGAAGUCGUCGUGGGAAAUGAGGGAACGUGGGCUAUGGGAGUCGCCAGAAAGUCUUUGAGGAGAAAGGGCUACUUUGCUUUCAGUCCUGAGGAAGGGGUCUGGGCUAUAGGAAAAUCUCAACUUGGGUACAUCGCAUACAGUCCCCCUGAUUACCCUCCCCUGUUCUUGAGUGAGGACCCUAAAAGGUUGCAAGUGACUCUGAACUAUGGUAGUGGGCAGGUAUCUUUUUUAGAUGCUGAUACAGGAACCCCAAUCUACACAUUCACGGGAGCCUCAUUCUCCGGAGAGACCCUCCUCCCCUUCUUUCACCUGUGGGAAGGAAAAACCCACCUCAGAAUUGCUUAAGGAGACCAAAUCUAUCUCACAGGCCUAGAUGGUAUUCCCCUCCAGCCUGGGUUGAUUGAUUUAAAAAUCAAACAUUUAUUUUUCAAGAGAACACUUUUGACAGCUUUGCAAAGGCCAAGAGUAAAAAUAGGGGGGGGGGACCAAGAUGCUGCAAAAUGUGGUGUUUAUUUUCAAAAAAGGUCAACGUGUUUUGGGCACUAUUGUCUGGCCUUUGUCAGGGGCUGUAAAUAAAAUUACAAGGACACACUACAUUAUUACACAUAAUAAAGUACAUUAAAAGAAUAAUAAUCAUAUUAUACAUAAACUAAUCUGUACAGAAAAAUAUCGUUGCACUUAUAUGGACUGGUCUGCAAUAUUCUUUUCUAGCAAGAUUGCUUGAAAUGAUAGAUGACCAAAAAUAAGAAUUCACAUGAGAAAACUCAUUUAUAUACAUUGCUAAGUCUCUUUAAUUCUGGGAUGACUAAUUAAACAGGGGAAUAAUGUGCAAGUGAGGGAAAAAGAAUGUGAGAGGGAUCAUCCAGUGUGGUGUAGUGGUUAACCAGGGUUCAAAUCCCCACAGCCAUGAAGCUCACUGGGUGACUUUGGGCCAGUCACUGCCUCUGAGCCUCAGAGGAAGGCAAUGGUAAACCCCCUCUGAAUACCGCUGACCAUGAAAAUCACAGGGUCACCCAUAGGUCAGAAUCGACUUGAAGGCAGUCCAUUUUCAUAGGAGCGGAAGAAAUUCCAACCCCUCAUUAAGACCACCAGGGGUCAGCGUUUUUAGUACCAAAAUCCAUGCUAUUUCUCUCCUUAAUAAAACAUCACUUUUCCCCACGCUUAUUUUUUCUAAAACCCAGAACUUAAAAUCGGCAAAAGAGUGAUGAUCUCCACCAAGGGGCCCCCAGCUGUCUUGUUUUUAAUAUUGCUGAGGCGUUCCCCUAUACGGCUUUCGACAUUCCUUGAUGUUUGGCCUGUAUAAAGUUUUUGGCAACUGCACUGAAUCACAAAAAUUACAUUGGCAGUGUUGCAUGUAGAAAAUUCAUUCAAAAUGUAUUUUUGUGAUUGACAGGGUUAACAAACUCUGUCAUCUUACAUGUGAAUCUGCAAUAGGCCCACACGAAUGAUGACCCAUAAGUACAUUUGUGCCUGGUGUGAUGAUUGUUCCUAAGUUCAGUUCUAAUCAAAAUAUCCCUCAUGUUCCUGGUUCUCUUCAAAGAAAACAUGUUUCUCAUGACAUCCAGGAAUAUGACAUAUAAUAUGCCAAUGCCUUUUAAUGCUACUUUGUAGUCUAUUAGCGACAUGAUUAAAAGUCAAAUUGCAAUUCAAA